CAGAGAGAGAGAGAGAGAGAGAGAGAGAGAGAGAGAGAGAGAGAGAGACUUAUACUUAAACUUCACUGAUCAGCUCCACUCAUGUCCCCUGCACCCACGGACACGAAGACGGCGGAUAUCCCUAGCGCCCCGGUGCCGCGCAUGCAGCCUGGACACGCGCCCGACUUCCUCCCGAGCUCCUCCAGCGCCUUCUUGGCCAGCCUGGGGCUCGGGGGGCUCGGGGUAGCGGCCACCAUCUCCAAAGCAGGACUGGGAGCCGCGGCGCAGCUUAUCAAGCGGAGGGAGAAGAAGGUGAGAGUGGCGGAGGAGAGGAACCAGACAGCGGCGGUGCUGCGCGCGCGGGAGUCGCUGAGCUCCGGACCCAAGCCACAGAACUGCAGAAGGAUGGUGGUGCUCGGAGCGCCGCGCGUCGGGAAGACAGCCAUCCUGCGGCGCUUCCUGCGGGACGGGUUCGACGAGCAGUACGAGCCCACACGAGAGGAUUUCCACCGCAAAGUCUACAGCAUCCGCGGGGAAACUUACCAGAUAGACAUUUUGGACGCAGCCGGAGAGAGAGACUUCCCGGCCAAGCGCAGGCUUUCCAUCCUCACAGGUGAUAUGUUCCUGCUUGUCUUCAGCGUGGACGACCGCGGCUCGUUUGAGGAAGUGUGCUCUCUGCGCUCCGAGAUCUCGUCGGCUAAGGCAGCGCUGUCGCGCUCGAAGGCGCACGUGAGCAGCGUGCCCGUGGUGGUGUGCGCCAACAAGUUGGACCUGCCAUCCGAGCAGCACGCAGUGUCGCGGACGGAGGCCCUGCACGCCUUCGCGGACGGCUGCGCGUUCUACGAGACGUCAGCCAAAGAGAGCAAAAAUCUAGAGGAGGCGUUUGCGGCGCUGGCGGAGCGAGGCGGGCUGCCGCUCGAGACAGGUCCGUCUCGCCACCGCAAGCUGUCCAUCCGCUCGUAUCACGCCAUUCUGCGCGCUGCACGGCAACGUGGUGGAGACACGCCGUGUGGCGCAGUGCACCCGCUGGCGCGCAGACCCAGCUUCGGAACGGACUUGCAGCUCGCACUCGCCUCACGUGAGGAACAAACGCAGUGCGUGAAGCUAAGCAGAGCGCUGACACACCCGGCCUGCCCCAUCCAGUGACCUCAGUUCUAUUCAAAUUCCACAGAUUCACAGAGACAAGGUUUUAUUCUCAUGAACAACUGUGUCAAAUGUAGCAGCCUCGGAAUCCAUCAUCCAACUGCUCCGGCAUCUUCCGUUCUUUUUCCUUUCCAUGUAAAUAUUGUGAAUUCUUGUAAAAGGUUAAAGAAUAGCACGUGGCUGUAUAUAGAUAGACAUAUAAACUGCACUGUAUAUUAGACUCGAUUAAACAUACGAGCCAAUUCCAGAAGUUUGUAAUUAAAAAAAAAACAGUUUCAUACCAAA